AUGGGUGAUAUUCCAAUUUAUAAGGAUUUAUCUUUUUAUCCAAACUCUGAUAAAGCUAAAACUAGAUUUGAUCAUAUUUUCGGUAAAUUCAAACAAAGUUUUGGUGAUUAUGAAUUUAUAGCUAGAGCUCCAGGUAGAGUUAACUUAAUCGGUGAUCAUAUUGAUUGUUCAUACUUUUCAAGUUUACCUAUGGCUAUUGAAACUGACGUUGUUGCUGUUGCCAAUUUAACUUCAGACUUGUCAGUUAAUUUGAUUAAUUUGGAUUCUAAAUACGAACCAACAAGUUUCCAAUUACCAGAAAAUAAUGAAAUCUUAACUAUUGAUAAAUCAAUAUUCAGUUGGGCCAAUUAUGUCAAAUGUGGAUUUUUAGUUGCUCAAAAGUACUUAAAAGAAAACCAUCCAGAAUUAAGUGAUUUCAAAGGGGUUAAUGUUGUUUUUGAUGGAACUGUUCCAACUGGUGGUGGUUUAUCUUCAUCUGCUGCUAUAAGUGUUUGUUCAGCUUUAUUAUUCUUAAGAUCUCAAGGUUUGAAAGAAAUUACUAAAAAAGAUUUAACUGCUAUUACUGUUGUUAGUGAACAUUACUUAGGUGUUAAUACUGGAGGUAUGGAUCAAUGUGCUUCAAUUUAUGGUGAAUUUGGUAAAGCUUUAUUGGUCCAUUAUAAGCCAAACUUAUAUGGUGAAUUAUUUUCAUUCCCUAAAAUUCAACCUCAUGAUAUGGUUUUAUUAAUCUCCAACACUUUAGUCGAAGCUAAUAAAUUCGAGACUGCUCCUAUCAAUUAUAAUUUGAGAGUUGUUGAAUUUGCUGUUGCUUCAGAAAUUUUGGCCAAGAGAUGUGACUUAACUUUGGUUCAAGAUAGUAACUUAAACACUGGUACUUUAAAAGGUUUCGUCGAUAAUUAUUGUGAACAGAAAUUAGGUUGGGAUCAUUGGGAUGGUCAUAAUAUCGAACAAGGUAUUAAGUUACUUAACAAAGGAUUAGAAUUAGUUGAAACCUUAUUCACCGACGAAGAAAAGGAUGGUUUAACUACUGAACAAGCUGCUAAAGCUUUAGAUCUUUCCGUUGACCAAUUCACUGAAAGAUUCUUACAAAAAUUCCAUGUUAGAUAUGAAAAAUUGAAAUUAUACAAAAGAUCAAAACAUGUCUUUUAUGAUUCAUUGAAUGUUUUCAAAGUAUUGAAAUUAUUAUCAGCUCCAAGUGAUGACUUCUUAACUGAUUUAGGAAGUAUCAUGAAUGAUUCUCAACAAACUUCAAUUGAAAAUAUUGAAAACUCCACUAACGAAAUUAACGAUGUUUGUAAAAUUGCUUUAGCAAAUGGCUCUUAUGGUUCAAGAGUUACUGGUGCUGGUUGGGGUGGUUCUGUUGUUCAUGUCACUACUGCUGAUAAGAUUGAAGGGUUAUAUGACGCUUUAAAAACUCAAUAUUACCAAAAGAAAUUCCCUAACAUCACUCAAGACGAAUUAGAAGCUGCUUUGGUUAUCACUCAACCUUCUGCUGGUGCUUCUUUAGUCGAAUUAUGA